GGAACUACCUGCGUAUGUUUCGGGGUUCCCUGUACAAGAGAUACCCCUCGCUCUGGAGGCGACUGGCCACAGUGGAAGAAAGGAAGAAGAUAGUGGCCUCUUCACAUGAAAAUCAGCGAUCUCACAGUCCCAGACGAUAUCACGGUUAUACAACUUUAGCCACUAGUGUGACGCUGUUAAAGGCCUCUGAAGUGGAAGAGAUCUUGGAUGGAAAUGAUGAGAAGUAUAAGGCAGUGUCUAUCAGCACAGAACCUCCCACCUACCUCAGAGAACAGAAGGCAAAGAGGAACAACCAGUGGGUGCCAACCCUGCCCAACAGCUCUCAUCACCUGGAUGCGGUGCCGUGCUCAACAACCAUUAACAGAAAUCGCAUGGGCAGGGAUAAGAAGAGGACGUUCCCUCUGUGCUUUGAUGACCAUGACCCAGCAGUGAUCCAUGAGAAUGCAUCCCAGCCAGAGGUUCUGGUGCCAAUCAGACUUGAUAUGGAAAUUGAUGGGCAGAAACUCAGAGAUGCCUUUACGUGGAACAUGAAUGAAAAGCUCAUGACCCCAGAAAUGUUCUCUGAGAUUCUUUGCGAUGACCUGGAUUUGAAUCCUCUGACUUUUGUCCCUGCUAUUGCCUCUGCCAUCCGACAACAGAUUGAGUCCUACCCAACUGACAGCAUCCUAGAGGAUCAGUCAGACCAACGAGUUAUUAUUAAGCUAAACAUCCACGUAGGGAACAUCUCCCUUGUAGACCAGUUUGAAUGGGACAUGUCAGAGAAGGAGAAUUCACCAGAGAAGUUUGCCUUGAAGCUGUGCUCAGAGCUUGGCCUGGGGGGGGAGUUUGUCACUACUAUUGCCUACAGCAUCCGGGGACAGCUGAGUUGGCAUCAGAAGACGUACGCCUUCAGUGAGAACCCUUUGCCGACUGUGGAGAUUGCUAUUCGAAACACGGGGGAUGCUGACCAGUGGUGCCCUCUCCUGGAAACCCUCACAGAUGCCGAGAUGGAGAAGAAGAUCAGAGACCAGGACAGAAAUACAAGGCGCAUGAGACGCUUGGCCAAUACUGCUCCAGCCUGGUAAUACUCCUGUUGUGACACUGGUGCUCUUCCUACAGACUUUAUCCCUAUUCCUCUCCCCAGAUGGAUCUAGGAUUGGCAGGGGUCUUUGUCCCUGAAGGGAACACACAUUCCACUUGCCAAGAGUUCCCAGUACUGCUGAC